AUGUGGGAGCCGCUGGGUGACUUCUGGCAGCAGCUCUGGACGCGGCUCGCCCACAGACACUGGGAGGAGAAGGCUGGCAGCUGUGUGCAGGACGGGCAGAGGUAUAAUGAUAAGGAUGUGUGGAAGCCCGAGCCCUGCCGGAUCUGUGUCUGUGACACUGGGACUGUCCUCUGCGACGACAUAAUCUGUGAAGACAUGAAAGACUGCCUCAGCCCUGAGACCCCCUUCGGAGAGUGCUGCCCCAUCUGCUCAACUGACCUCGCCACUGCCAGUGGUCAGCCGCAAUGGAGAGGACAGAAAGGAGAACCCGGAGACAUUAAGGAUAUUGUAGGACCCAAAGGACCUCCUGGGCCUCAGGGACCUGCAGGUGAACAAGGACCCAGAGGGGAUCGUGGCGACAAAGGUGAAAAAGGUGCCCCUGGACCGCGUGGCAGAGAUGGAGAGCCUGGGACCCCUGGAAAUCCCGGCCCCCCUGGUCCUCCUGGCCCCCCUGGCCCCCCUGGCCUCGGUGGAAACUUCGCUGCCCAGAUGGCCGGAGGAUUUGAUGAGAAGGCUGGUGGUGCCCAGAUGGGAGUGAUGCAAGGGCCAAUGGGCCCCAUGGGACCUCGAGGGCCUCCAGGCCCUGCUGGUGCUCCCGGACCUCAAGGAUUUCAAGGCAACCCUGGAGAACCUGGGGAACCCGGUGUCUCUGGUCCCAUGGGUCCCCGCGGUCCUCCUGGCCCCCCUGGAAAGCCUGGCGAUGAUGGGGUUGCAGGUCUGCCUCUCCUGGGCCCUUCCGCACUGUGCCUUCAACGUCUCCUCUUUGGACUGCAGGGUGCUCGCGGCUUCCCGGGAACCCCAGGCCUUCCUGGUGUCAAGGGUCACAGAGGCUACCCAGGUCUAGAUGGUGCUAAGGGAGAAGCUGGUGCUCCAGGUGUGAAGGGUGAGAGUGGUUCACCGGGUGAGAAUGGUUCUCCGGGCCCAAUGGGUCCCCGCGGCCUGCCUGGUGAGAGAGGACGGACUGGCCCUGCUGGGGCUGCGGGUGCCCGGGGCAACGACGGUCAACCAGGCCCUGCUGGGCCUCCGGGUCCCGUGGGUCCUGCUGGUGGUCCUGGCUUCCCUGGUGCUCCCGGUGCCAAGGGUGAAGCUGGCCCCACUGGUGCUCGAGGCCCCGAAGGCGCUCAAGGUCCUCGCGGUGAACCUGGUACUCCUGGGUCCCCUGGACCGGCCGGUGCCUCUGGUAACCCUGGAACUGAUGGAAUUCCUGGAGCCAAAGGAUCUGCUGGUGCUCCGGGCAUCGCUGGUGCUCCCGGCUUCCCUGGGCCCCGUGGUCCACCUGGCCCUCAAGGUGCAACUGGUCCGCUGGGCCCGAAAGGUCAGACGGGUGAGCCUGGUAUUGCUGGCUUCAAAGGCGAACAAGGCCCCAAGGGAGAGCCUGGCCCUGCUGGCCCCCAAGGAGCCCCUGGUCCUGCUGGUGAGGAAGGCAAGAGAGGUGCCCGUGGAGAGCCUGGUGGUGCUGGGCCUGUUGGUCCCCCUGGAGAAAGAGGUGCUCCUGGCAACCGUGGCUUCCCAGGUCAAGAUGGUCUGGCAGGUCCAAAGGGAGCCCCUGGAGAGCGAGGGCCCAGCGGCCUUGCUGGCCCCAAGGGUGCCAACGGCGAUCCUGGCCGUCCCGGAGAGCCUGGCCUUCCUGGAGCCCGGGGUCUCACUGGACGCCCCGGUGAUGCCGGUCCUCAAGGCAAAGUUGGUCCUUCUGGAGCCCCUGGUGAAGAUGGUCGUCCUGGACCUCCAGGUCCUCAGGGUGCUCGUGGGCAGCCUGGCGUCAUGGGUUUCCCUGGCCCCAAAGGUGCCAAUGGCGAACCUGGCAAGGCUGGUGAGAAGGGACUUCCCGGUGCCCCUGGACUGAGAGGUCUUCCCGGCAAAGAUGGUGAGACCGGUGCUGCGGGGCCCCCCGGACCCGCUGGACCUGCUGGUGAACGAGGCGAGCAGGGUGCCCCUGGGCCAUCUGGGUUCCAGGGACUUCCUGGCCCUCCCGGUCCCCCAGGUGAAGGUGGAAAGCCAGGUGACCAGGGUGUUCCUGGUGAAGCUGGAGCCCCCGGCCUCGUGGGUCCCAGGGGUGAACGAGGUUUCCCAGGUGAACGUGGCUCUCCCGGUGCCCAGGGCCUCCAGGGUCCCCGCGGCCUCCCUGGCACUCCUGGCACGGACGGCCCCAAAGUAAGUGAGGCUGUUGGGGUUGUCUGCGUCAGCCCAGGAGGCCCUGCUGGGGGAGGGGAGGGGGGAUGGGGACAGGAGAAGGGAAGAUGGAAGACAAGACAGAAAGGAGGCCUGGCAGGGGAGGAAGGGGGGUUUGGGUGCUGGGGUCCUGGGCAGGGUGACGUUGGUGAGAAAGGCCCCGAGGGAGCCCCUGGGAAGGACGGUGGACGAGGCCUGACUGGUCCCAUUGGCCCCCCUGGCCCUGCCGGUGCCAAUGGUGAGAAGGGAGAAGUUGGACCUCCUGGUCCUGCGGGAACUGCUGGUGCUCGUGGAGCCCCGGGUGAACGUGGAGAGACCGGUCCCCCCGGGCCCGCUGGAUUCGCAGGACCUCCCGGUGCUGAUGGCCAGCCAGGUGCCAAGGGCGAGCAAGGAGAGGCUGGCCAGAAAGGUGAUGCUGGUGCCCCGGGUCCUCAGGGCCCCUCUGGAGCUCCUGGACCUCAGGGUCCUACUGGUGUGACUGGUCCUAAAGGAGCCCGAGGUGCUCAAGGCCCCCCGGGAGCCACCGGAUUCCCUGGAGCUGCUGGCCGUGUCGGACCCCCAGGCUCCAAUGGCAACCCUGGACCCCCUGGUCCCCCUGGUCCUUCUGGAAAAGAUGGUCCUAAAGGUGCUCGAGGAGACAGCGGCCCCCCUGGCCGUGCUGGCGACCCUGGCCUCCAAGGUCCUGCCGGGCCCCCUGGCGAGAAGGGAGAGCCUGGAGAUGAUGGUCCCUCUGGUCCCGAUGGUCCUCCAGGUCCCCAAGGUCUGGCUGGUCAAAGGGGCAUUGUUGGUCUUCCUGGGCAACGUGGUGAGAGAGGAUUCCCUGGCCUGCCUGGCCCAUCGGGUGAGCCUGGCAAGCAGGGAGCUCCUGGAGCAUCUGGAGACCGAGGUCCCCCCGGCCCCGUGGGUCCUCCUGGCCUGACUGGUCCUUCUGGCGAACCUGGACGAGAGGGAAGCCCUGGUGCUGAUGGCCCCCCUGGCAGAGAUGGUGCGGCUGGAGUCAAGGGUGAUCGUGGUGAGACUGGUCCCGUGGGUGCUCCUGGAGCCCCUGGGCCCCCUGGCUCUCCUGGACCCGCUGGCCCAACUGGAAAGCAGGGAGACCGAGGAGAAGCUGGCGCACAAGGCCCCAUGGGCCCUGCAGGACCAGCCGGAGCCCGGGGAAUCCCAGGUCCUCAAGGUCCCCGAGGUGACAAAGGAGAAGCUGGAGAGGCUGGCGAGAGGGGCCUGAAGGGACACCGUGGCUUCACUGGUCUGCAGGGUCUGCCCGGCCCUCCUGGUCCUUCUGGAGACCAAGGUGCUUCUGGUCCUGCUGGUCCUUCUGGCCCUAGAGGUCCUCCUGGUCCCGUCGGUCCCUCUGGCAAAGAUGGUGCUAAUGGAAUCCCUGGCCCCAUUGGACCUCCUGGUCCCCGCGGACGUUCGGGCGAAACUGGCCCAGCUGGUCCUCCUGGAAACCCCGGACCCCCUGGCCCUCCAGGUCCCCCUGGCCCUGGCAUCGACAUGUCUGCCUUUGCUGGCCUAGGCCAGAGAGAGAAGGGCCCCGACCCCCUGCAGUACAUGCGGGCUGACCAGGCAGCUGGCAACCUGAGACAGCACGACGCCGAGGUGGAUGCCACGCUCAAGUCCCUCAACAACCAGAUUGAGAGCAUCCGCAGCCCUGAGGGCUCCCGCAAGAACCCCGCUCGCACCUGCCGGGACCUGAAACUCUGCCACCCUGAAUGGAAGAGCGGAGACUACUGGAUUGACCCCAACCAGGGCUGCACCUUGGACGCCAUGAAGGUUUUCUGCAACAUGGAGACUGGCGAGACCUGCGUCUACCCCAACCCAGCGAGUGUUCCCAAGAAGAACUGGUGGAGCAGCAAGAGCAAGGACAAGAAGCACAUCUGGUUUGGAGAAACCAUCAACGGUGGCUUCCACUUCAGCUAUGGAGAUGACAACCUGGCUCCCAACACUGCCAACGUCCAGAUGACCUUCCUACGCCUGCUGUCCACCGAGGGCUCCCAGAAUAUCACCUACCACUGCAAGAACAGCAUUGCCUACCUGGAUGAAGCGGCUGGCAACCUCAAGAAGGCCCUGCUCAUCCAGGGCUCCAAUGAUGUGGAGAUCCGGGCUGAGGGCAACAGCAGGUUCACAUAUACUGUCCUGAAGGAUGGCUGCACGAAACACACCGGUAAGUGGGGCAAGACUAUGAUCGAGUACCGGUCACAGAAGACCUCGCGUCUCCCCAUCAUUGACAUUGCACCCAUGGACAUAGGAGGGCCUGAGCAGGAAUUUGGUGUGGACAUAGGGCCUGUCUGCUUCUUGUAA